GGAGUUACUAUGAGUCAGAACCAACUUGAUGGCACCUAACAACAACAAUAACUCUUCACUUAUCAACUGUCUCGUUAUCUGACAUUUCGCAUUUAUGGCAGUAGUAAAAAUUCUGCUGUCCGACUAUUUGGUGCAUUCACGACAUACGUCUGGCAGUGAUGAACACCAAGGUGUGAGCUGGCCUGCUGCUGUGGCACUGCCGGCUGCUCCCUGUGCUGUGGCUGCUGCCCCAAGAUCCGACAGUCUCGCAGCACCCGCUUCAUGUAUGCACUCUACUUCAUCCUUGUUGUCAUCCUCUGCUGCAUCAUGAUGUCAAGAACUGUGGCCAACGAGAUGAAAGAGCACAUUCCUUUUUAUGAAGAUAUUUGUAAAGGCAUUAAAGCUGGUGACACUUGUGAGACGCUAGUAGGAUACUCUGCAGUGUAUAAAGUUUGUUUUGGAAUGGCAUGUUUCUUCUUUAUCUUCUUCCUCCUGACCCUCAAAAUCAACAACAGCAAAAGUUGUCGAGCUCAUAUUCACAAUGGCUUUUGGUUCUUUAAACUUCUGCUGUUGGGGGCCAUGUGCUCAGGAGCUUUCUUCAUUCCAGAUCAGGAGACCUUUCUGAACGCCUGGCGCUAUGUGGGAGCGGUAGGAGGCUUCAUCUUUAUACUCAUCCAGCUCAUCCUGCUUGUGGAGUUUGCACAUAAAUGGAACAAGAACUGGACUGCAGGAACAGCAACUAACAAGCUGUGGUAUGCCUGUCUAGCCCUGGUGACGCUCAUCAUGUAUUCCAUUGCCACGGGAGGCUUCAUUUUGAUGGCAGUGUUUUAUACACAGAAAGAAGGCUGCAUGGAAAACAAAGUUCUCCUAGGAAUAAAUGGAGGCCUGUGCCUGCUUAUUUCAUUGGUGGCCAUUUCCCCCUGUGUUCAAAACCGACAGCCACACUCUGGGUUACUGCAGUCCGGGCUCAUAAACUGCUAUGUCACAUAUCUCACUUUUUCAGCUCUGUCCAGCAAACCCGUAGAAUUCGUUCUGGAUGAACAUGGAAAGAAUGUUACAAUCUGUCUGCCUGACUUUGGUCAGGACCUGUACAGAGAUGAGAACUUGGUUACUGGACUGGGUACCACCCUGCUGUUUGCAUGUAUCUUAUAUUCAUGUUUGACAUCGACAACAAGAUCGAGUUCUGAUGCUCUGCAGGGGAGAUAUGCAGCUCCUGAGCUAGAGGUAGCUCGGUGUUGUUUUUGCUUCGGUCCCGACGGAGAGGAUGCUGAAGAGCAGCGGAAUGAGAAAGAAGGGCCGCGGGUAAUUUAUGAUGAGAAGAGAGGCACCGUCUAUAGCUACUCCUAUUUCCACUUCAUGUUCUUUUUGGCGUCCCUCUAUGUGAUGAUGACCGUUACCAACUGGUUCAACUAUGAAAGUGCCAACAUUGAAACCUUCUUCAGUGGAAGCUGGUCUAUCUUCUGGGUCAAGAUGGCCUCCUGCUGGAUGUGUGUGCUGCUGUACCUGUGGAGGCUGGUUGCUCCCCUUUGCUGUCCCUCUCGGCAGUUCUCCGUGUGAGGAUCUGAGCAAACCCUGGGUUCGGCACACCUGCAGGCUAGAGUGACGUCCUUUGAACAAGUGUCCCAGGUGUUUACACAGUGACUGGUGCCCUCUGAAAAGCUGACAACCCCCGACUGGCUUGAGUGGGUCUGAAGAAGCUUUCAGGAAAAAAUCUUCUAAUUAGCUUUUUAAUUAUGAAAUUAGAAGAGAAACUACCAGUUUCUCCCAAAGGAAUUUUCAACAAAACUGAUCAUGGGUGAUAUAUUUUGUAUGUCUUACUCCUAGAUACUGGCAUAGUAGUUAUGUUGAUAUUUUUCUUGUAUAUAUUUGUACCAAAACAGUUUGGGGCACAACAUCUUUUCACAGGGAUAAAAGCCUACGUCGUGUGGCCUGUCGUUUCUCAUCCUUAGAAUAGAAAGCAUGCCAAAAUCUUGAGCCUUCUGUCCCUGACAGAAUGCAGGGUCCCUCUCAAGCUUCUCUGCCUCUGGAGCCCGUGGGCUGUGAGGACAGGUCUCGGGCUGCAAGCCUCAUGCUCACAGCUCUCUGGUAUUUAUAGGGUCAAGGAGGCAGCACCUGCUUUUAAAUUGCACCCUUAGUGCAGUUUCCUCAUGGCCUCCAAAUGAUGUCCUUUGAAGUUGUGAUGCUGGGAAUCACAGACUUCACUUUUGCCCUCUGUCUUCCCAGAGGUACCCUGUCUUUUCUGGGCUCAGCAUCAUUAUAAUGUGAAAAAGCACAAUUUGCCAUCACCCCCUGGUGAAACUCCCCUUCCCCCAGAUUAACACUACUUGAUCCGAGUUACUGCAAUAAUUAUGACUCUUACUUGUGUUGUCUUUCACAUGGUUCCAGAACAGUAUUCAUGUUUUUCUUUGGAAGCCUAUAAUCCUUAAUUGUUAGUGCUGUUAACAGUAAUAAUACUUCAGAGACCUUAAUGAAAAGUUGCUUCUUGACUGAAGCCUGCUGCGCCCCUCUUUCAGUUGUUAAGCUCAGUACCUCGGUUUCCUCUCCACCUUGAGGCCUUUGAAAUUGUAAAUGCAAAGGGCUUUUGUAUUCCAGAUCUGAAAUGUGACCACACUGUUAACAUCCAUUAUGGUGUCCUAGGAGCAGAAUUCCUGAGGUGAGGAUUCCAGGCAGCAGCACCUCAAACAGGGAUGACCAGAUAAGGCCUGUUGUACAAGUUGUGGAAGUGACCAACUGUAUUUAGAAGAAAAAGUGGGGAAGGAGUGGGUGUGGGUAAUUGAUUAAUCCAUGAACAACAUCCACAGAAAUUUCCAGAAUACAUACUUGUGAAGUAAUGUUCAUAACAGAUUUGACUGUCCAAGAAGAUGUCCAUUUUCAGUGUUGAUGUUCUCAGUCAGGGAAGAGGUUUACUCAGUUGGAAAGUCCUUUAAAGACAUCAAUGGAGACAUAGCCAGGACUCGCCUGUUGGUAUUUCAUGUAGGGAUGGAAAGAAUGCACUCAGUCAGGUUCCCUGGAAAAGAGAGUCUGAGAAUAAGAAGACUCAGCCUGGACCUUCUUUCUGUGCCCCACUUUUAUGAGUUGGGCAGAACUGAGUCUCACUGAAGCUGGGCUCCAGUGUGCCAAAAUGCUGGUGUGGGAAAUUCUUCAAAUUCUUCAUUUGCCCUCCUCCCAAGGGAAAAAAAAAAGGGGGGUGGGUGAGUCAGGUGGAGUGCAGAGACAAAUACAAUGGAUAGAUUCCUUUAGGAACUUGCAUUCUAUACAGUGUUUGAGAUUCAGUUUUUAAAGGCACUCAAUCUGUUUAAGAGAGAUGCUGCUUUUGUAAACUUUUAAAAGUUUCUUUAUUUAGGGCAGGAGCUCUUUGUGCUCACCCUCUCAAAGAUUCAUCUGGAGUCACAAGUUGAAUGGCCUCCUGCUACCCUCAGAAACCCUAAGUAAGCCAGUGGAAGGGGGGGCCCUGGGGGCACAGGCACAGGGAGCGCAGCCUGGGUGGUUUGUGUAGCAGGCCCUGUGGGGGGCCGCUACAGUGAUUGGGGCAGGAACACUGGGGCUCUUGGUAAGCUCUGGCUCUGAGCAAGCUUAGGAAACACAAGAAGCAGCAGAUCAAGAACCAGGGUAGUACCAGUAACUGGUCUCGUUAUGUUUUCCUCCUGCUGAAGUCUAGUAGAGUCCUUGAUUUUGCCCUCUCAUUUGGGUCUGGCAGCAAGCUGGUUUGCCUUUGGAACCAGCACUGGCACCAGUUCAAGGUUUAGGUGGCAACGCCAUGUAUUAUUCCUUGCCUGGCCCUUGUUGGCCUCCCUUCCCUGUAGCAGAAAAGCUCAGGAAAACACCAAUGAAAAGAUAUUACCAGUAGCAGGACUGUUGUAACUUCCUUCAUUAGCCAGUCUGGCGAACCUACGUUUUCCAGCUCCUUAAGGUUUGGUUUGUGGUACAAAAUUCACCUCUGAAGGUUGGUCUGACACAGUGGAAGAAGUUUUAGUCAUUGUAAUUUUUAUCCUUAACUGAAAAUGUUAGAAAGUUUAUCUGGCUAAUCUAAAGAGAUGUGGAUAUGCUUUGAGGACUGAGGGCGUAUAAAUACACCAAUAAGAAGCUGACUUUAAGGAUUACUAAUUGUAAUAAACAAUACUCAGGUGAGGAGUUAACAUUCCUGGGUUUAAAGAACCUAUAUUUUUGUGCUGUUGUGAUUUAAGAAACUGGAAGAAUUGUGCCAAAUGUUUUGAGUUCCAGCAGUGAUAGUGCUAAUUUGAUUAACUCACUGACAACUUUUUAAAAAGAUAGACCUUUGUUUUCUACAACUUUUUGUAUAUGAUUUAAAAAGUGCAUUCCCAGAAGCUGCUGGUCAGACUUCUUUAGCCGAAGAUUUUAAAAAGCUGUCUGUGUGUUUUCUCCGUGCCAUUCUUCUGAUAUGGAGAAGAUUGUAAUAACCCACUCUUGUAUUUUUUUCCCUGUUGUGUUCAUAGUGAAACAUUAUUGUGGGGGGAGGGAUAUUUAUGGGCGUGUUACUGUACUAGACCUGCUUCCUGACCGAAAACCAGAGACUUUUUCUCUCAUAAGCCUUGGGAAACCGUACUUUGUCCGUACUGGAUUGACCUUUAGUAAUACUGGUUGGUUUUGUUCUUGACCUCACAGUGUCUUGGAAAAUGGUUUGAGGGAAUUGCUUGCCAGAGGUAUUUGAACUCUUUUGUAGGGUCGAUUGUGUGUAUGUGGGUUGUUUGGAGGGUGGGGUUACUGGGGCUUUGGAAUUCUGGUUCCCAUAAGGAAUGGCCAAAACAAGAGCUCCCACACCACAUCUUUUCUUUCCAGUUCCUCAGAGGAUCCUUCCUUGUGAAUGACCUCCGUGUAGUGUUAAUCCCCCGCUACCCAAUAUUGUCACUCUCGGCCUUUUGAAGAUUAUGUACUUAUUUAAUUUUUUCUAGAAGUUUACCACCAUUGGUGCUUCCUGAUACCCUGCAAAGGGAAUCUCAGAGUGUUUAUUUAAGCUUCCUGGGCUUUUUUCUGUCUUUACUGCCUUUCUAAAUACUGUCUUAUUUUGGUGUAUGUUUGUGUCAUACCUUUUGGAAAUGAAAGAGGGCUUAACCUAGACCUAAGAAGGGUCUAACCUUGUGCUAAGACCCUGCACACCCAGAAAGAACACUGGGCCUUCUGUAAUCAGGGACAAUGCAGUAGCCACUUGGCUCAUAGAAUUCUUUGUGGAGUAGUUUCUGUAACUUGCCAAUAGAAGAGCUAACUUCUAAUGGCUUUGUUCUUAAGACCCCACCAUGUUUUCUGCCAUUGUCAAUAUGUUUGUAAAGCUGUCCAACAUUUAGUUUAGUUUUGUAUUUCAGGCAGAGAUGGGCUGUCUAAUGUUGGACCUGCUCCUUCACAGGAGUGGAGAGCUUUUUUAUAUAGAUCUUUAGAACAAAUGCUACCCAUUCUAAAGAUCUCUUUUUCAGUAAAUCAAAUUUGCAGAGACAGUCAUUCUGAAAGGGGAAAAUAUUUGGCUUUUACCAAAGAGGUAUUUGUCUCCCCCCACCGCCCCCCCUGCCAAAAAGCAAAAUCUUUUCAGAAAAAAACUUAAAUGGGAAAAGACAGAGAACAACAGAUCAAUAAUGAAUAUUUCCAAAUCUACUUCUGUAGAAGUUUAAUCAUUUAUAUGAGUAAGAUAAUAAAAGACCUCUUUAAGGCAAUCCUUUGGGGUAAAGGGUCCUGGGAAAUACUCUUAGGUAAAAAGAAAGUUUGCAGCAAAUGUAUAAUAUAUGUCUUGAGAGAUAUAUAUAAGAAAUUUAAGAGAGUUGUUUUGUUUUUCUUUAUUAAAUAAAGAUUUACAUUUUUUGUUUUUUUAACUUUGCAAAAAAAGUCUACAAAAAUUUUAUAGUCUUAGGUGGUUAAGUUUUGCAAUUUUUUUUUUUAACUUUUCUGAAACCAGUUAGCUGUAGCAAAAUUAUGUGGUUAUGUGUUGCUGUAUUAGAAUUUGAAAAUGUAAUAUGUGUAGCAAGUCUACUACUGUUAGAAAUUUAUAAUGGUCUCUGAAGUGGUUAGGAUUUUGAUAACUUUUCAUAGUUAUUUUUCACCCUUGGUCACAAAGCCAACUAUGGAUUUAUAUUUGUUUUUAGAAUGCUAAUUUUUCUAUAAACUGUCUGAAGCUGACCAGUCUUUUCUUCUGUAGAAAAUGCAAAAAUUGUUAACUCUGUACUUUAAUAAAAUUGAAAAUCAUGA